UUUAACCAAAUUUCAAUCUGAGGCACUAGAAGAGAGCAGGAAAACCCUACAACGGUUAACUGAAUAUGGUCACAGACAACAAGAAGAGCUUCUUCAGAAGCAACUACAGCUUCAAAAAGUUCAUGAUCACCUGAUGGAAAACUCAAAGUCAAUGUUGGAGGCACAGGAAUCUUUUGAAUCAAAGCAAGCCAGCAUGUUCACCGCAUUAGACAAGCUAUUGGCUUUGCACAAUGAUAUGCUGCUUGAAUCACGGUUGAUCAAAGCUUUCUUUAUUUACUCUAUAUCAAUCUUUGCUAUCUACAUGUUCACAAGCACAAAGCGAACAUACACAGUUAGACCUCGGCUAUAUAUCGGGCUGUGUUUGACUCUCUUAGUAGAAGUAGCAAUACUUCGGCUCACAGGGCAUGAUAUUGAAUAGAAAAACUGAAAG